AUCCAGGUGGAGGGCAAGAGCAUCAACUUCAUUAAGCACAACGCCUGCAACGCCAAGCGGGCCCCACUGCGGCGCUCCCACUCCCUGCAGACACUGGCUGAGCUGCUGGAAAAGAAGCACCGGGAGCAGGAGGAGUACAACACCAAGCAAAAGGGCCGUGUCCCUCAGUACCUGCUGGAGAGGAAGGAGCUGUGGCGCAGAGAGAUGGAGGAGCGGCUGCGAAACCUGCCAGAUCCUGACAUGCCACCUGGUCAUACCAUGAUGCCAGACAGCCAGCGGCUGGAGACUCUCAACAAUCUGAAGCAGAGCCAAGAGCAGCUGACAAAGCACCUGGUGAUGCUGCCAGUGCGCGCAGACACCCUCAGCAUGCAGAAGAGGCGGGUAGAGCUGGAGAGGAAGCUCUCCCAGAUAGAGGAGGCCAUCAAAAUUUUCUCAAGACCCAAGGUCUUCAUCAAGCUGGACUCCUGA